AUGAUAAAUUUUUUUGAAUCUUUGGGCUGUGGAGUAUGCUCAAGAGGUUGUGGAGAGGUUAUGAGGGACUUGAAGAAAUCGGAGCGUAUUGAAUACGGAGUAUUUGUAGGAUACUAUUCAGAUGACGAUGAGACCCAAUCUAACUCAGAUGAUACAGAACCCAAAUUUCAAGAGCAAAGUGAUGUAGAAUCUGAAGUUUUUGAUGCUGUUAUUGAAGAAAAAGAAGAAAAUUUAAUAAAUGAGAUGUUUAGUGAAGUGGCAUCAGGAGGUAUCUGUAACAUUAAGCAAGCUAGUCACCUUGUUCAUAGAAUAGGGCUUUCCCCUUCUAAUCAAGACAUUGAGAAAUUAGAGAGUACUACAGGUGGUAAAGUUACAUUAGAUGAUUUUGUUAAAUGGACUCUGACAAUUACUCAUCCUGAAGACCACGUAGAUUAUAUGGCAUCCUUCUUUAGGAACUAUGAUUCAAAAGGGGAUGGUAUGAUUACAAAGAAACAAUUUUUAUGGUUAACAACAAUCGGUGGUGAUAUUUUAACUCGUGAAGAAGCAGAAGCAAUUCUGUCUAAAUUUUCACUGGGUGAUAGAUUUAAUUAUACUGAAUUUCUUACAAAUUUAAUAAAUGUAGAAGCAAGUGAUAAGCCUAUGAUCAAUACAAAUAUUAAGUCGAAAACACCUUGUAAAGAUAGUUCUGAAAAAGUAUUAGUAAGCCAAAUAUCUAUGACUAUUAGAGAUUUAGCAGAUACUGAGACUUUUUUACCAUCUAUUGAUCUUCUAGAAGCUUUGAAAGCUACUUAUGGUUCUCAGCUGACUAUAGAGGCUGCUAACAAGGUUUGCGAAGGAUGUGAAUAUCCAGAAAAGACAGUAAAAUAUCUGAUACAAUUUUAUAAUGAGUGGACAGUGAAUAAGAGUCAGGUUACAAGAAAAGCUGUUCGUGAUUUGCUAAUGGUUUGGAAAGCUAAAUUAGAUCAAGUCAGUGCAGAAACUUGGAUAACCAGUUUGUGUGGAACAGAUGAAGUUAUUGAUAUUGAUAAAGUCUUGAAAACAGUGGAAAAUCAAAGACAGGACCCAAAUAGUUAUACAGAGCAUAACUAA